GCGGCUCCAGGCUAUAGGACUGGUUCUCGUACGGCGUUCGGCUGUGGGCAGCUGGGGGUAUGAGGGUGAGCCUGGGAAACGGCAGCUGAGGCGGCCUGGAGGAGCGUUAGUCUCCAAGGAUCCUUGGCGUGCAGUGCUUGGGACAGGGGCCGGGAGGCGCGGGGAGCCGGGCCUUCCCUCCAGGAACGUGUCCCGGGGGCGGCCCUGCCCGCACUGUUGAAGCAGCUUCAGGUAGGUGAGCCUGUGAAACAAUAUGAAGAGAAGAAAAUAGCCUUUUAAAAGAAAUUGGCCCACAGAAAGGAUGGCCUUCUUGGACAAUCCAACUAUUAUUCUAGCUCAUAUUCUACAGUCACAUGUGACCAGUGAUGACACGGGAAUGUGUGAGAUGGUUCUCAUUGAUCAUGAUGUUGACCUAGAGAAGAUUCAUCCUCCUUCCAUGCCUGGAGACAAUGGGUCAGAAAUUCAGGGAAGCAAUGGUGAAACUCAGGGCUAUGUAUAUGCCCAGUCAGUUGAUAUUACCUCAAGUUGGGACUUUGGUAUUAGAAGACGCUCAAACACAGCUCAAAGAUUAGAACGACUCCGAAAAGAGAGACAAAACCAGAUCAAAUGCAAAAAUAUUCAGUGGAAAGAAAGAAAUUCUAAACAAUCAGCCCAGGAGUUAAAGUCACUGUUUGAAAAAAAGUCCCUCAAAGAAAAGCCUCCAAAUUCUGGGAAGCAGUCCAUAUUAUCUGUACGCCUGGAGCAGUGCCCUCUGCAGCUGAAUAACCCCUUUAACGAGUAUUCCAAAUUUGAUGGCAAGGGCCAUGUAGGCACAACAGCAACAAAGAAGAUCGACGUCUACCUCCCUCUGCACUCAAGCCAGGACAGACUGCUGCCAAUGACCGUGGUGACAAUGGCCAGCGCCAGGGUGCAAGACCUGAUCGGGCUCAUCUGUUGGCAAUACACAACCGAAGGACGGGAGCCGAAGCUCAAUGACAAUGUCAGUGCCUACUGUCUGCAUAUUGCCGAAGAUGAUGGAGAAGUGGACACAGAUUUCCCCCCAUUGGAUUCCAAUGAGCCUAUUCAUAAAUUUGGUUUUAGUACCUUGGCCCUGGUUGAAAAAUAUUCCUCUCCCGGUCUGACAUCCAAAGAGUCACUCUUCGUUCGAAUAAACGCUGCUCAUGGAUUCUCCCUGAUUCAGGUGGACAACACAAAAGUCACCAUGAAAGAUAUCUUGCUAAAGGCAGUGAAGAGAAGGAAAGGAUCCCAGAAAAUUUCAGGCCCUCAGUACCGCCUGGAGAAGCAGAGCGAGCCCAACAUCGCUGUGGACCUGGAGAGCACCUUGGAAAGCCAGAGCGCAUGGGAGUUCUGCCUGGUCCGCGAGAACAGUUCAAGGGCAGACGGGACUUUUGAGGAGGAUUCACAAAUUGACAUAGCUACAGUACAGGAUAUGCUUAGCAGUCACCAUUACAAGUCAUUCAAAGUCAGCAUGAUUCACAGACUACGAUUCACAACUGAUGUACAGUUAGGUAUCUCUGGAGACAAGGUGGAGAUAGACCCUGUUACAAAUCAGAAAGCCAGCACUAAGUUUUGGAUUAAGCAGAAGCCUAUCUCAAUCGAUUCUGACCUGCUCUGUGCCUGUGACCUUGCUGAAGAAAAAAGCCCCAGUCAUGCAAUAUUUAAACUCACGUAUCUAAGCAAUCAUGACUACAAACACCUCUACUUUGAAUCUGACGCUGCUACUGUCAAUGAGAUUGUGCUCAAGGUUAACUACAUCCUGGAAUCUCGAGCAAGCACUGCCCGGGCAGACUAUUUUGCUCAAAAACAAAGAAAACUGAACAGACGUACAAGCUUCAGCUUCCAGAAGGAGAAGAAAUCAGGGCAGCAAUGACAUUGGCCUCCAGCCUCAAUCUGCUGCCACAGCUCAGAGCCUACCUACCAGGGCCUUGGUGGCCCUAGAGCCCACCUUGUCCCUCUGAAGUCUUGGGGAGGGAGGCCAGCCCCUGGCUGACAGGCACAGGACUGGUGGGCUCUUGGAAAAGAUAUGGGGAGGGGCACCUUCUAACAAGAGCUAGGGACAUUUCCAUGGACCUGACCAGAGCCUGAGUGACAAUGGCCUUGAAAACAGUGCCCGGGGCAGACUGCCACCAAGAGGAGCCACGUGCUGCCCAGCCGCCUUCACUGCCUGGUGGCCCUGCCUGAGGAUGUACAUAGCCAUGCCCAGACAUUUCCUUGCAACUUGAUCAAAUUUCUUAUAUGGAGAACAAAACAAUGUACAUUUCUUUUUUCCUUUUAAUAAACAGGUGUACUCUUU